AUGACAGUUGAAUCACCGCUGGCAGAACAACAACGUGCGGUUGUUGAACUUUACGUUCAGUCAAAAUGGCUCAAAGCAAAUUUAACACUUGAAAACGACAAUCUCUUCAUCGAAUACGAAUAUGAUAAACAAUUACCAAUCGAAGAUGGAAAUUCAACUUUUCGCGAUACAUCUAAUAAUGUUAGUAGCCAAAAGCGACUGAUUAAGAUCUCAAAACCAGACAAUACUGGUCUUGGAAUAAGUAUUAAAGGCGGACGAGAAAAUCGGAUGCCUAUAUUGAUUAGUAAAAUCUUUCCGAACAUGCCUGCUGAUCAAACUGGACAACUCUAUGUUGGUGAUGCGAUUCUGUCUGUUAAUGGUAAAGAUCUACAACAUGUUUCUCACGAAGAAGCAGUGCAAAUAUUGAAAAAGUGUGGUAAAGAGGUCGAACUCGAAGUUCGCUAUCUCCGAGAAGUUAAUGUCUUAAUGCAAAAACAAACAAGUUCUCUAGCUGGUAAACAGCCAUCUCAAGACAAUCUCAAUGAAUCAGGUGCAAAACGACUUCUUGCUACUACAUCUCCGCAAUCAUCUAAUGAUUCCAUUCGUUACGAAACUAAGCGUAUAUCUCUUCGUCUGUGUUAUGUUUUCCGUCGGUCAGCAUCAGCCACUGAUAUGAUCGUUUUCUCACCUUCAUCAUCAUUACCACCGACAGCAUCGCCGUUACUAACAAACGGAAGCAAUGGUGCUAUCUUAGAUCUUGUCUUACCAUCGAUUCAAACGUGCUAUAGCAUUCGCUUCGUCGAUGACAUGUAUGCACGCAAAUGGUUUUACAUAAUACACGCGAAAAUCUCACGCUGUCUUUUGAGUAUUAUACCUGACAUCGAAGAACGACUCUAUGUCGAACGUGACCAUAAUGAAGUGAAAUCAUUAGGAUGGUUUGCCGAACAAGUUCAUUAUGAUGAAGUGACAACUAUCCGAUCAUGGCGACCUGUUUUUUUCAUUCUGACAGAGUUUGAUCUCUGCCUAUUGAGCCACCCGCCAGUUUCAAGACAAGCAUCUCGCGAAAUAAUCACAAGCUAUCCAAUAUUGACGAGCAGAUUAGUGGCAUCGACGCACGAUACAUCAGUCGAUAUUGAUAUUUCUUUCUUAACGUUACGUAUUGGAACGAAAUUUGGUAUCGUAACACAUUCUCUUCGACUGGAAACCAAAUUAGAUUCGGAUUUCUGGAUUCAGUCUAUGAGCCAAUGGACCCAAAAUGCGGUUUUACGUGUUCAGGAAGCGAUUUUUCCUUGUAAAUGGAAUAAUCGUCUAUGUAAAUUAUAUUUACACUACGAAGAUGGCUUUGCUUUGUACAGCGAUCCUGAGAACGCUCAAACAAAUAUCCGCUUACUAUGGAAAGAAUCAUUCGAGAAACUUCGUUCAUCCUCGGAUGAUAAUAAUCAUUUACUUACUCUAGAUUUUCAUGGUGAAGAAGGUGUAAUGGUAUUAUCAAAAAAUAUAAACUUGGUCAGCAUGCGUCUAUCACUACAUGUUUUCAUCAUCGGUCUCGCUCUGAUACCGGUGAUCUGUUCCACACCGGUUUCGCUUGGAGAUGGAUUUUAUUUACCGAGAUUAGAUAAUGUUGAAUCUCAUAUCGACAAUUUGUGGGCAAACUUCAAAAAGGGCUAUGGUAUUGUUUACAACACAACCGUCGAUGAACUUCAUCGUUUCAAAAUCUUUGCUGGUCAUGUGAAAAUGAUUGUUAAACAUAAUUUAGAACAUGAUCUUGGUCUACAUACAUAUCGACUUGGUAUCAACAAAUAUGCAACAUUGACAAAUCAAGAAUUUCGUCAGAAAUUUAAUGGUUAUCGUCGCGAGAAAAAUUCACGUUUGCAAUCAUCGAACAUCCGACGAGUACAUGUGCCUGCUUCGCCUUACAUUGCACUUCCUGUAUCAGUUGAUUGGCGUGACCAAGGCCUCGUUACACCUGUUAAAGAUCAAGCGCAAUGUGGUUCAUGUUGGGCAUUCAGUGCUACUGGUGCAUUGGAAAGUCAUCAUGCUCGUUCAAGUGGUAAAUUAGUUAGUUUGAGCGAACAACAACUUGUUGAUUGUUCAACCAAUUGGGGUAAUAAUGGAUGCAAUGGUGGUUUAAUGGAUAAUGCAUUUAAAUAUGUUCAUGAUAACAAGGGACUUGACGAUGAAAAAGCAUAUCCAUAUGUUGGAAAAGAUCAAGAUUCGUGUAAAUUUCGUCGAAAAGCUGUUGGAACAACUUGCGAUGGAUUUGUCGACAUUCCUGAAGGCAAUGAAACAGCUUUACAAGAAGCUCUAGCUUUGCAAGGUCCAGUUUCAGUUGCUAUCGAUGCUAGUCAAGAAUCAUUUCAAUUCUACGUUUCUGGUGUUUACUCUGAUGCUAAAUGCUCAUCAGACGAUCUCGAUCAUGGAGUUUUAGCAGUUGGCUAUGGUGUUGCUAAUGAUCCAGUCAAAGGUCAACAAGAGUAUUACAUUGUGAAGAAUAGUUGGUCGGCUGCUUGGGGCGAUAAAGGAUAUAUUAAAAUAGCUCGAAAUAAGAAGAACAUGUGUGGUAUCAGCAGUGCUGCCAGUUACCCUAUAGUUUCUGAUAAAUCUGUCGAAGAUUGUGAGGAAAAUAUUAUUGGUUAUAUAUUUAAGGCACCUAGAACAUUGCAGACUAAGUUUAAAAGCACAAGUUUUGACAAAGUCAUCAAUAGUCAAAGGAAUGAAAAUAUUCAAGAUUUUUCUACUACGUGCCAAACAAAAACUGAGGGUCGUCCUCACCAAAACUAA